AGGUGAAAUCCAUGCGUUUGCGUUUGCGUGUGAAAAGCAAGAAUUUGGUAUGAAAGGGGAAGGCAGAGUCAAUAGUCGGUCAGCUGAAAAAGCUUUUUAGAGUGAGAAAUAUUGCAAUUUCUGGGGAGUUUAUAGAGUGAGAAAAUGGGAGCUUCCUUUGCGGGUACGAGUAGGGUUUUAGAUUGAGAAAAUGGGGGCUUCUUUUAUGACUUGGAGCUUUUAGAGAGAGAAAAUCGUCAUUUACGGAAAGAGGGGGUGGAGGAGCGAGAAAACAAGGAUCUGUUGGCGAGACAGAGAGUGACCUCCUUUUUUUAAGAUGAAAUUGGAGCGGAAGAAUGGGGAAGAGUGAGAAAAAAGAUGAUUUGUUUUGAGAGAGAAAGUGACUUUUUUAGGGGAGAGCGAAGCUUUUUUUAGUAGAGAGAGAGAGAGGUCAGAGAGGUGCAGACGGCGCUUUCAUGAAAGCAAUGUGCAGAAAUCCUCGCAACUUCGAGAGAGCAUCCAGACGAGAAGAAGUCAGUUGUUUGAGAAGAGCAGUUCUAGAGAGAGAAACUGCUCUAUCUCGUGUGGCAGGACGCUUGGACUUCCUCGAUUUUUUAGAUUUUGUAUGAGUUUCUCUCACUAGAAGCCGUUUGAUUUGAGAGGAAGAUGAAUUGAACUAGAAGGCUUGGAGAUCUUUUGCGUUAUCGCCAUUAUUGACUGGUUCUAUGAGCUAAGUCAGGAAUUAAGGAGGAAAACGUGGUACUCUUUCUGAUUCAUUCUUUCUCUGGAGGAUUUCAUCUCUUGGAGGUGCUCAUCUGUAUACGAACCAGAUAAUUAAAGUAUAUUCAUGCUUCAAUCUUUACUUGUUACCGAUUCGAAUUGGUUUUAUUGGCGAGGAACAGAGAUUCAAGAAGAAUUUUGUUUCUCUCUCUCUGAAGGAUAAAAUGUCUGUUUCCUCUUUGAAGGAAUGCUCGGACUAAGGGAGAACCUAGAUCGUUGAGUUUAAGUUUUCCUAAUUUGAACUGGUUUAACUUUAUUUGGAGAUGGCCAGUGUUGAUAGAGAGCAGGAAAAGUAAUAUCUUUCCCUCUCUCUCUGUUCUUAUUCAUUUCUAAGCAGAAAUCCAGUCAAUUGUGAAGUGCAAAAAGGCAGAAUAUCUGUAAAUCACGUCUCCUGAUCUUCGCUUUCCAUGGAAAUUCUCUGAAAGAAACAAGCACCAAAGGGCAGAAUUGAAACUUCGCCAUCUACACAGUUAUCAGAAAGAAAGAUAAGUACUAUUGAAUUGAAUCAGGAACUCAAUGAAUGAGAAAGAAACAUUGAAGAAGAGAAAACCAGAGGGCCAAUUGGACGUCUCUGAUGCUUCUUCUCGUGCUUAAGGACUUCAAAUACGCUUUCUAGGGAUUUGUUUCAUUGCACAGAGCUUGAUUCAGUUCUGGUUUUUGGACAUCAGCCAUGAGAGCAGGCUUAAGCACAAUCCAGCAAACCCUGACACCCGAAGCAGCAAGCGUACUCAACCUCUCCAUAACCGAGGCCUCUCGUAGAGGCCAUGGCCAAACCACCCCUCUUCAUGUCGCCGCAACUCUCCUUGCCUCUCCCUCUGGUUAUCUUCGUCAAGCUUGUAUUCGAUCUCACCCCAGCUCUUCUCACCCCCUUCAGUGUCGAGCGCUGGAGCUCUGCUUCAGUGUUGCACUGGAGAGAUUACCAGCUGCUCAAGGUCUGGCUCCUGGUUCUGAACCCCCGAUUUCCAAUGCUCUAAUGGCUGCCCUAAAAAGAGCCCAAGCUCAUCAGAGAAGGGGUUGUCCUGAACAACAACAACAACCACUGUUAGCAGUCAAAGUGGAGCUCGAGCAGUUGAUUGUAUCUAUACUCGAUGACCCAAGUGUGAGCAGGGUGAUGAGAGAGGCUCGUUUCUCAAGCCCAGCUGUGAAAGCAGCGAUCGAGCAAUCAUUGAGCAACUCAAACCCAUCUCAAAACACUUCGGUUUCUCUCUCUCCAGUUUCUCUCUCAUCUGGUGGGCUGGGUUUCAGACUUGGGGGUUCACAAUCAAUUCUAGGAAAUCUGGGAAGAACCCAGCAGCCCCAUUAUGGAGGUGGGGAUGGAGAACCUAGGCCUCAAAGGAGUAACCUUUAUUUGAACCCUAGGUUACAGCAACAGCAAAACCAACAACAACAAGAGAGUGGGCAAAGGGGAGAUGAAGUGAAGAAACUCAUGGAGAUUAUGUGUAGAGUUAAGAAGAGGAACCCAGUUCUUGUUAGUGAAAAUGAACCAGAAAAUGUGAUGAGAGAUCUUUUGCAAAGAAUUGAGAGGAGAGAGGUGGCAGAGGCUUUAAGAUCAGUUCAGGUUGUUUCAGUAGAGAAAGAGUUGGGUUUAGUUUGUAGAGAAGAUUGGGAUAAGGGUCGAAUUACAGUGAAGUUUAGAGAAUUGGAGGGAUUGGUAGAGAGAAGAUUAGGGGGAGGUGGGGUUAUUCUCAAUCUUGGUGAUUUGAGAUGGCUUGUUGAGCAACAAGGGGGGAAAACAGGAAGGUUGCCUGUGGGGGUCUCGGUCUCUGGUUCAGUUCAAGAAGUGGUUGCUCAAAUGGGUCAAUUACUGGCUCGCCAUGGAAGUGGAGGUAGGUUGUGGCUUAUAGGCACUGCGACUUGUGAGACUUACGUUCGUUGCCAGGUUUAUCAUCCUCCAAUGGAAAAUGACUGGGAUUUGCAGGCAGUGCCCAUAGCUGCAAGGACUCCGGCCCCCGGACUUUUUCCAAGGCUCGGGAACAAUCCAAUUUUAAGCACGCACUCAUCAGAGCAUCUCAAACCAUUGACGGGACUGUCAACCACUACGCUUUCAAGGAAACCAGCUGAGAGCACAGAUAAUGCUCGAAAAAUGAAUUGUUGUCCUUCAUGUAUGGAGGGCUAUGAGCAAGAGCUUGCCAAGCUUGUGGCCAAAGAAUUCGAGAAACCCUCUCCAAAUUCCAAACCUGAAGCACCACGGCAACAACUGCCUCAGUGGUUGCAGAUGGCCAAACCCCAGUCUGACACCAAACAGAACGAUCACUUGCAGAGCAAAGACACAGAAUCCGACUGGAAACAAAAAACAGAGGAACUGCAAAAGAAAUGGAAAGAAACUUGCCGCCAACUUCACCCCAACUUCCAUCUCACAAAUGCCGAAAAGCCCAAAGAUCAUCUCUCUCUUCUGGACCCCAACCAAAAGCCAACCCUUUCCACCCCUUACCCCACCCUUUGGCGCCAGUCGAAACCCAACCCUGAACCCAACAUCUCAGCGCCAAUGAGCCCAGUUCGAACUGACCUUGCCCUUGGUCGACUCAAACCCUUGAACCCACUACUUAACCCACUAUUGAACCCAUUGUCGAGCCCAUUCUCGAAUCCACAUCUAGAAAGGCUCAAGGACUCAAGUGGGUGCACCCAAUCGCAAAAGCCUGAUGAGCCCAUGACCGAGCAUGACUCGUUCAAGCAAUUGCUCAAGGGCCUGACCCAAAAGGUGGCUUGGCAACCUGAGGCGGCAUCAGCCCUUGCUCAAACUGUGGCUCGAUGUCGGGCUGGGUUUGGCAAGCGUCGUGGGCUUGGUCCACGCUCAGAUACAUGGCUCCUGCUCCUUGGUCCCGAUCGAGUUGGCAAAUCAAAAAUGGCCAUUGCCUUAUCUGAGCUCGUGUUCAGUAGCCAACCCACUAUAGUUCGGUUUGGUUCAUGGCCAAUUAGACAAGAUUCAAUUGAAGAAUUUCGAAGAAAAACAGCUCUGGAUAGAGUUGCUGAGGCAGUGCAUAGAAACCCAUUCUCAGUGGUUAUGCUUGAAGAUGUGGACCUAGCUGAUUCUAUGGUCAGGAACAGCCUUCUUCGUGCUCUUGAGACCGGAAGAUUACCUGAUUCUCAUGGUCGUGAAAUUCGACUGGGGAAUGUGAUAUUCAUAUUAACUUCAGGUUCUUUGAUAGAAUCUGGAAGGUUUCUGGCGGCUUCCAAAAGGUUCUCCGAGGAGAGGCUCGCUAGCCUGGUCUCACGCUCCAGGCCGAUGGGCCUGGUCGUCGGGCCUGCGGGCGGGUUAAAACGCAGGCCUGAAAAUGAAGACGUUGAGAGAGAAGGGAUCAGAAAGCAAAAGAGAGAGCCAACUCUGGCCAUUGAUUUGAACCAGUCCGCCGAGGAGCACGGAGAAGGAGACUCCAGUGAUCUCACUGUCGAGCAUGGUGGUCCUGUAUUUUCCAACAACUUUUAUGCCCGAUCUGGGCUUUCCAGCGAGUUUUUGGGGCAGGGUUUCAUCAAGGAGUUCCCUGAAUUAGUGGACGAGACAGUGGUUUUCAAAGAAGUGGACUUUGAAGGGGUUGUUGAGAGGGUCAAGGGGGAGAUAGUGAGGAUUAAGAGCGUUAAUGGAGGUUGGUUAGAGGCUAAUGAAGAGGCCUUGGGGCAAGUCGUUGGUGGGGUUUGGUAUAGUGGAGAAGGUGGGUUCGAGAAGUUCAUCGAGUGGGUGGACCGUGUGCUCGAGCCCGCAUUUGGUGAGCUAAAAGAAAUGGCUGAGCUAGGUGCGGUCAAGCUCGUUUUGGUGGAUGAGGGUGAUUUUAGAGAGAGAAACUCUGGGAAUUGGCUCCCUAGUAAGGUCCCCAUCGUUAGGAAAUGAAAUUCUUAUGCCCAAUUCUCUCUCUAGAAGAUGGGGAGAUGAGAGAUUUUGGUCUCAUUUCUUGGGUAAAAAGAAACUUACUUUGGCCUGCUCUCCCUCUAAAAAAUGGAGAAAUGGGCUUUCGCCCACAGGUCUUUGGAAAUGAGAGUUUUACCGUGGGCCCCUACUCUCUCUCUCUCUCUAGAAAAAUGGGGAGCAGUUAUGGCAAACCAUUGGUGCACCCUCUCUCUCUCUAGAAAUACAGAGACCGUUAGCUUAGCUAUGAGAGAGAGAGUCAAAAAGGCCUGCUGCUUCUAGAUGAUGGGGUUCUUAUACGAAGCAAAGAAGUGCCGUGAUGAAUAUGAAUUCAUAGUUUACUACACAUAGGUUUUUGAGAAGUUUAUUUUACAUGCCGUGUAUCUGUUACUCCCGAGGAUUUCUUCUUUAUAAAUUCUUUAUCAUUACUUAUUUGUAUUUCCAAGUCUGAUUUUUGCUAUCAAACUCGACAAAAUAUAUUUCUGUACAAUACAAUCUAACGGAUUUGGAA